CCCAAAACCCCUGUUUGGGUCAGGCGUGUUCUUGGCCGGGGGAGCAGUGUCGGGUGGAUACCCGCGGAGGGAAGCAGUGUGUCUGUCGAGAGAGCUGCCCGCGAGUGGUGGUACCGGUCUGUGGUUCGGACGGCAUUACCUACGACAGUGUCUGCCAUCUAGAACGAGCGGCCUGUUUACAGAAGAAACACGUGUGGGUUGUCCACGCGGGCCAAUGUCCUCAAUCCAUCGACGAGUGCGCACGAUUCGGGCGGCCCUGCAAGGGCUACGAAGUCUGUAUCCGAAGGCCGGUUGCCAAUGCCGGUCUCAGUAGCGCAAGCACCAUGAUCAUGUCACGUGGUUCGGACCAGAUCCUGAUGACACCACAGUGCGCCUGUCCCAUCUGUCCGGAGGAUGGGUUGGGGGACAACGUCUGCGGCACGGAUGAUCGCACUUAUCGCAGCGAGUGCCAUCUUCGUGCGGCGGCCUGUCGGACCAGGCAUCUGGACCUCCGUGUUCAGAGCAGAGGACCCUGCGGUGAGUAG